GUCAAGCAAGCGGCCCUCAAGCAGCAUACAUAUACAACACCUCGGUUGUGCCACCCAGCUCCCACGCUUCGUUCCCAUGGAGAUCACGCCGCGGAACAGCGAUGUUACCGCCAGUGUUGCUGUCUUUCUCCCCCUUGCAAGUCCGAUCGAGCCACAACGUCACCAUGACACGGACAAGAAAGUAGUAGAGGUUGCGGACGCCGACGACCUCCCAUCGAUUGGCGACUUGCGCAACAGCAAAUUCAACCUGGAUUUCAAAACCGAAGGCCGCCCAUCCGCCACGGCCGCUUCCAUCGACGUUGGCCACUUGAGUGCUGACAAGGCGACGCGCAACUCCUCGAGUCCUGGCUUUGCAAAGCAGCGCUCUAUGAGCGAUGUGGCCGUGUCGGCUUCGGGGGCCGCGUCUCUGUCAAGUACACCAGACAUGGCGCAAACUCUAGUGGUGGCAGAGCCAGGUUCCCCUGCGGCCAAAGCCAUCGACAUCACCAAUCAAUUUGACGGCAAAAACAACAUUCGGCAAACGUCCAAGUUGACAUUCAAAAAGCCCGACGGCAACGAAAUCGAUGGCCAGCAUGAGCAGUACACGCUCACGUAUGGCAUGAUGACUGGCAUCCUCAACUCGGCGGGCAGCUUAAACAUGUUCAAGCAGCGUCUGACCAUGAACGACUUUAUGCGCGUGGACAAGAGGGAAUUUCCCGCCAACCUGCGGUCGAAACUCGCACAUUCGUUCAAAUUCAAGGACUACUCGCCCGACAUUUUCCGCCAAAUCCGUCGCCGGUUUGACAUUGACAGUGCGGACUACAUGGUCACACUGUGCGGAGAUUUCAACUACAUCGAGUUCAUGUCCAACUCCAAGUCGGGGCAGUUCUUCUUUUACUCGCACGACGGCCGGUUCAUGAUUAAGACGCAGACGCAGGACGAGUCCAAGUUUCUCCGCCGGAUCCUGCCGCAUUAUUACAAAUUUGUCAUGGAAAACCCCAACACGCUCGUGACGCGGUUCUACGGCAUGCACCGCGUCAAGAUGCACCACCUGAAGAAGCAAAUGCACUUUGUGAUCAUGGCGAGUGUGUUCAACACGCCCAAGGAGAUCCAUCUGCGGUUCGACUUGAAAGGAUCGAAAGUCGGCCGCAACGCUACGCCCCACGAGAAGAGCAAGAACGGCGUACUCAAAGACAACGACCUCGUGGACGAGCACAUCCACUUGUCCCUAGGCCCCGAGAAACGCGCGAUGAUGCUUGAGCAACUCCGCAAGGACGUGGCGUUCCUCAAACGCAUGAAGAUCAUGGAUUACAGUCUCCUGAUUGGCAUCCACGACUCGGGCCAAGAGAUUCUCUUGUCCCCCACGACGCAUCCGACGCCGCCGCUCCUUCAACUGACCUCGGCCGUCCCUCGACAACCCAGUGCCGCGUCGUCGCCGCUGCAAACUCUAAACGACCUCAAGUUGCACGAAUUCGGGGCGAUGUCGUCCCAUAUUUCCGACACCGCGAGCGACGACAACUCGGACGAUGAUGUUGAAUUCACAGACGCCCCCUUGUCGCCGCGGACGCUGGACACGACGCCCAAGUCGCCGUCGGGCGGAUCGAUCUUUUGCAAGGACUUUGGCGGUGUCCUAGGUCGAUUGAGCACCCGCAAGAAGAACGGGAAGAUCUACUUUGUUGGCAUCAUUGACAUCCUGCAGCAAUACAACACACGCAAGAUCACAGAAACGGUGUUCAAAGGACUCGUGCACAACAAGAAGGACAUUUCGAGUGUGCCGCCCGACCAAUACGGCGACAGAUUCCUCGACUUUAUCGAGAAGAACGUGCUUGUGGACGAGUAGACAUAAUAUACUGCAGACGAAGGCAUGCAUGCUGGCUGUGCCACGACGACCAAGUAAUAGCCAUCAUGGUAUUCCGGUGGUGGGAAGUCAUCGUCGCCGCAUCGCUGCUCCAUAAACACUGAACUACAUGCAGAUGGUUCAGGCAUAGCUUGAAGUCGUACACUCCUCAUGCACGGUCGAUUGAUGUUGUGUAACAUAGCAUCAUUCGACCACCGGUAACACAUUUUGUAACGUUUCCCAUCCGC